UUGCUGUGUACUGUCUCCCUCAGGCCAGCUAGCAACUAUGGGAAACUGGUUGGCUGGGGGGUCAUCUGAAGGGUUAUCUGGUGAGUUGUUUGACUUAACCUCAGUAACCUCAGUGCCAGCGCACAAGCUAGAAGACUUUAUCCAGGUAAACCUCACACCCAACGAAGAAUGUCUGAAGCUGAUAGACCAGGACGUAGAUGCCAUCUCUAACUUCCUGAGGAACUCUGAGAUCCCUGUGGUGAGAGUGGCUAAGGGUGGGUCCUAUGGCCGAGGAACAGUCCUAAGAGGCUACUUUGAUGGCACCCUUGUUCUGUUCAUCAGCGGCUUCCGUACAUUUGGGGAUCAGAAGGAAAACCAACAUCAAUUCGUCUACUUUAUUGAACAACGGCUAAAACAACAUGAGAAAUACAAUAAGCUAAAAAACCUUGGGAACAUCCUUGAAGUCCAACUGUCCGUACAAGGGCAGGAGAUACUCUUGAAGCUACUUCCAGCCUUUGAUCCUCUAUGCUCCCAUGAGAAUCCCAGCUCCGAGGUCUAUCGGAAUCUCAGAAGGUUCAUGGAUCAAGCAAAAGUAGUGCCCAGUGAGUUUGCAGUCUGCUUCACACCACUACAGGAGCAGUUCUUCAAGAAAUAUCCCAGGAGAGUGAGGGAUUUGAUCCUGCUGGUCAAGCACUGGUAUCAAGAGUGCCAGAAAGAGAGGAAGACAUCCCCGUCUCUGCAGAUGCUGUAUGCGCUGGAGCUGCUCACUGUGUACGCCUGGGAACAGGGCUGCCACACUGAGGACUUCGACAUCGCAGAAGGUGUCGGAACUGUGCUGGGACUCAUUAAGCAGUCGUCAAAGCUGUGUGUCUACUGGACAGUCAAUUACAACUUUGAGAAUGAGACAGUCCGCAACACCCUUCUGUGCCAACUCAGGACCAAAAGACCUGUCAUCUUGGAUCCAACUGACCCAACCAAUAUCGUGGGCAAAGAUGAUGAUGGGUCCUGGCAGAUGCUGGCAGAAGAGGCUGAGGCCUGGCUGUAUUCUCUCAGGCAGAAGGACAUGUCACCUGCACGGUGUUGGGAUGUUCUGCCCACACCACUCUUCAUCACCCCAAGCCACUUACUGGACAAGUUCAUUCUUGACUUCCUCCAGCCCAAUAAAAAGUUCUUGGAGCAGAUCAAAAGAGCUGUUGACACCAUCUGUACAUUCCUUAAAGAGAACUGCUUCCGGAAUUCGAGAACUAAAGUUCUGAAGCCUGUCAAGGGAGGCUCCACCGCCAAAGGCACAGCUCUGAAGUAUGGGUCGGAUGCUGACAUCGUCGUGUUCCUCAGCUCACUCAAGAGUUAUGACUCCCAAAAACAGGAGCGCUCACAGUUUGUCCAGGAGAUCCGGAGGCAAUUAGAAGUCUUCCAGCAGACCCAAAAUCUGGAGGUGAAGUUUGAGAUUUCCAAGUGGAAGGCCCCCAGGGUGCUGAGCUUCACCUUGAAAUCCAGUCUGAAUGAGAGUGUCGAAUUUGAUGUCCUGCCAGCCUAUGACGCACUGGGUCAACUGCAUUCUGGCUUCACCUCCAGGCCCAAAGCCUACAAGGAGCUCAUUGAGUUGUACAGAUCAUCAGACAUCCUUGGAGGAGAGUUUUCACCCUGUUUUACAGAGCUACAACGGGACUUUAUUGAACGCCUGCCCACCAAGCUGAAGAGUCUGAUUCGCUUGGUGAAACACUGGUAUAAACAGUGUGAAAGGAAAAUGAAGUCAAAAGCAUCUUUGCCCCCAAAGUACGCCCUGGAGCUUCUCAGCGUGUAUGCCUGGGAGCAGGAGAGCCGCAUGGAGGACUUCAACACUGCUGAAGGCUUCCGGACGGUCCUGGACCUGGUCAUCAAAUACCAGCAGCUCUGCAUCUUCUGGACCGUCAACUACAACUUCGAAGAUGAGCCGCUGAGGACGUUCCUACUGACCCAGAUCCAGAAAAAGAGGCCUGUGAUCCUGGAUCCUGCGGACCCCACAGGCGACGUGGGAGGAGGGGACCGCUGGUGUUGGCAUCUACUAGCCGAAGAAGCAAAGAAGUGGCUAGCCUCCCCCUGUUUUGACUCGGAACGGGAACAAAGUAUACAGCCAUGGAAAGUGCCAGUUGUGCAGACCCCAGGAAGCUGUGGAGCUCAGGUCUACCCCAGUUGGAAGCCAGGUCUGGAAUGAAAAUGCUGGAAGAAGCUGCUAGAGUUGUCUGAUAAUUGAUUUAAAGAUGCAGCCCAUGUUACAAAAGGGAGCCUGGUCCAGUGCUCCCUGGCCCCAGUGCUCCCUGGCCCCAGUGCUCCCUGGACCCAGUGCUCCCUGGACCCAGUGCUCCCUGGACCCAGUGCUCCCUGGAUGCCCCCCCCCCCACUUCUUUCUCCUGCACUCCCAGAUGGUUCUUGAAAUCAAGACUUCAGAUCUUCUCCCCACCCCCAACCCAGGGUCUUACAGUUUGGACACCCCUCUGUGCGAGUGACUUUCAGAGAAACAUGCCUCCAUGCAG